AUGGACCCAAAUGCAAUUCAAUACCCCGCAAAAACCGCAAAAGAAGAGAUAUUUGACGAUGAUGAAGCGGGGACGAGCUCGCCGACUGAUGAUUAUGAGGAGCAGAUGCAAAUGCAAGUCGUCUCGUUGGCCUCGCGAGAAGAUACGGCUUUUGCUGAACUGCUCGAUACCCUGAUGCGAAAAGAAACCUCGACCGUCUACAUGCGACGCCAGGAAUGCCCAUGGUCUUUCGACAUCACAUUACCUGAACUCCUUGAAAAACCCUGUAUACUGGGGAAAAGUUUUGUGGAGAUGUGCAAGUUAACCGGAGAGGAAUCGACGAUGCAGGUUUACAAGAAGAAUCCGAUCAAAUUCUGGAUGGUCGUUGACAUGCUCUUGGCUUGUGAAUACGCCAAAACGUUUCCCGCUUUUCAUCAGUUGAAAGAGUUUGAUCAGCGGAUCCUUCUUUCGCAAGUCGUCGGCAUGAUCCUCAUCUUGCUCCAAGCUUUUUGCUCGUUAGAACAGAAGAGCGAGAAGCUCAUCUUUCCGGAUGGCCUGGAUGCGUUGUCGUUCCAGCUGACACGAUUUGACCAUCGUUUCGAGGACUACUUCCGCGAGAACUAUUGCCGGCCGAUUGCGCUGAUCCGAAAUUGCGGCAUGGAGAAGCAGCACUACAUUCUGAUGAAGGCGAUUUUGCUUUUUACUCCAGGGCUUUGCGAUCUGUCGCCCGAGGGUCAGAAGAUUGUCGACAACGAGAGGGCCCGAUUGUGCUGCUGCUUGCAUCGGCUUCUGAUUUCUCAAUAUGGGGAAGCAAAGGGCGUCGCCAAAUUCGGCAAGUAUUUGAUGAUGGUGGAGAGCUUCGUGCGUUUCAACGAGAAGAAGCGCUCCCACCUGGAGAUGAGCGUCAUCCUCAACAAGGUCGUCAUGACGCCGCUUGGAGACGAGAUAUACCUGAAACGUCAUUUUAAAUAUAACAAA